AUGACUUUCAUGGGCCUGUAUCUUGGGCCAAAAUCAUCUGCCCUUGAAUCCAUGGACCGGUCUUUUCCUGAACUGGGUCUAACAAAAGAAGAAUGCAACGAAAUGAGAUGGAUCGAAACGGCUGUUUAUCUCUGGGGCGUGGACAAUAUAGACUAUCUUAAGGACCGAUCUACAUUUGUGAAGACGUUUUCGAAAUCAAAGGCCGAUGUUGUGAGGGACCCAAUUUCGAUGGACGGGAUUAAAGGUAUACUGGAGAUGUAUGCAAAGCAGCCUAAGGGAUCCUUCAGAUUGGAACUUUUCGGUGGUAUGAUGAGUAGGAUCAGGAGCGAUGCUACGCCUUUCCCUCAUCGAGCAGGCACUGUGUAUUCGAUCGAGUAUUUUGUGGAUUGGGAGGAAGUGGAUGAUGAUAAGAGCGGUGAAUAUGUAGAUUGGCUUCGUGGGGUAUAUGAGUACAUGACGCCGUUUGUAUCGAACAGUCCUAGAGCUGUGUAUGUGAACAACGUUGAUCUGGAUCUUGGUGUGAUUGACUGGUCGAAUCGUAGCAUGUCGGGUGUUGAUGCUGUUGAGGUGGCUAGAUCUUGGGGUGAGAAGUAUUUCAUGGGGAACUAUGAUAGGUUGGUUCGAGCCAAGAGGAUGAUCGAUCCGAGCAAUGUGUUUAGUCACAAGCAAAGCAUCCCACCCGCUAGUUCGGAGAUGAUGUUGUAA